UCGUGUAGUGCGGUCAUGUGGAGCGGAGCUGUUUCGUGCGCUCUCCAAUUGUUUUUUUGAGUAGUUUGUUAAAGUUGAAAACAGCAUCAGCCGCCGCAGUGGCAGAGCACCAGCCUCAAGAAGCGUCAAGAAGCACAGCUGAAGAAAGCCCCAAAAGCAAGAGUCAGUUCCCAACAAUUAUUUUUUUGUUUGUUUGCAACAACAAUAACUACAACAACAACAAUAAUAAUAACAACACUACGAAAUCUACGGCUGACAACAACAACAACUACAACAAAGUGUACAACAGCACCAUCAACAACAGCUACAACGACAACGACAACAAAAACAACAACAACAACAGUAACAACAACAACAACUACAACAACAGCGACAACAAUAGCAAGAACAACAAAGCGCAGCAGCGGCAUCAACUUGUAACUAAAGUGACAUGAGGCCUUAACAAUAAUAACAACAACAACAACAGCAACAACAGCAGUAGAAGCAACAACAACAACAACAACUGUAGAGCACUAAAAACCCAAAUUACAAACAAUUAAAAACGAGCACAACGCAAGAAUCCUCAAAGGCGCUCGAAAUAAUAACAUAGGGCUACAGACACGCCCACACACACACACACACACUCAUACAUCCAGACAUACAUCAACAGCAGCAGCAACAAAAGGUGACGGCACAGCUACAACAACAGCAACAACAGCAACAUUUAUGGCCACCUAAAAACUGAACAGCGGCCGCAGUCAGGCCCAGAAGUAGAAGAAGAAGAAGACCGACAGAGAGACAACAUCAGCAGCAGGAGCAGCAGCCCCCCGUCCGUCCCCCUGCCACGCCUCUGCUGAGGGGGGCCCACAGCAGCUGCAGCAGCUUCAACUCCAGCAGCGUCUCACAUCAGCAGCAGCAACAGCAGCAGCGACAGCAACAACAAAGGCAACGCAAACAAAGCGGCAAUAAAAAAGUGCGCAUUGUUUUUGCCAUUGUCAUUCAACUGCCUACACACACACACUACCCACACACACACACAUAUACACACACAUUGGCUGCUGGAACGGUGUCAACACUGCCGUCGUCAUCAAACGCCUCUGGGCACUCAAUUAAGCCCCAAUUCAAAAACGUUGAAAGCGACAGCUUGCCACGCCCACCACGCCCACGCCACCACUGAGUGAGAGAGCGGGAGAGAGAGAGAGAGAGAGAGAGCGAAACAUCGAAGGGGCGCCCGUGGUGGCCGCUUUGAGUUGAUGUGACAAUGAAACUGAGCGUCAGCGCGUAUCGGGCGCAUGCAUCCGCACACAAGAAGAUCCUCUCCAGCGGCUAUCAUUCCCAGCUCAAUUACGGCAGCACUGGCGCCGCCGCAGCAUCCUCCUCCUCAUCGUCGGCAGCAGCGGCGGCCACUGCAACGGGCCUAUAUACGAUGGAAACGCAUGAGCAUGGCGGCAAGUUUCCAAAGGAUAUGGCUCGGCUUGAGUGCAACAGCGACACGGACGUCAUCAGCCCAACGGGCACAAGCAGCUCUGGCGGUGGCGGUGGCGGCGGCGGGGGAGGAGGGGGAGGAGGCGCUGGGGAUUCCUCUGGCCACAGUCACAAGCGACACCACAAGAGCAGCAGCAGCUCCUCGGCAGCAGCGGCGGCGGCGGCAGCAGCUGCUUUGGCCAACGAUGAUGACAACAACAGUGCGGCGCAUUCAUCGGAUAGCAAGAGUCCCAGUCAGCGGAAAUCGCGUAUCGGAGAUGGAGCUUCAGAUCCAGAUUCCGAUUGGACACGGUCGAACCAACGCUGGAUGAAACUGCGCACCACCGUUCAGAUAUCAUCGGCCAUACAGAAGAAACCACCGCUCAAGCGCGAAGACUCAUUCCUGAAGCGUUUCUCAACCAGACAGAUACCCGAGACACAGGAAACUGUUGAAGACACGGGUUCAGAAAGUGCCUCUGGCGACGUCGACAAAACAGUUAAACGUAGACGGCGCUAUCUGCAGAAACGACGCUCCGUUGUUAAUCCAGAUGAAAAUUUUUACUUCUAUUGGUUAAUGAUGUUAACUAUAUGUGUUCUAUAUAAUCUAUGGACCCUUAUUGUGAGGCAGAGCUUUCCUGAACUGCAGCAAUCUGUGCCUACCUUUUGGCUCAUCUGCGAUUCAAUGACAGAUGUUGUAUUUAUCUUAGAUAUAAUAGUUCAAUUACGCACAGGCUACCUGGAACAGGGCCUUAUGGUAUAUGAUGACAAGAAGCUGGCUUGUCAUUAUGUGCACUCGCGUGAGUUCAUCUUUGAUAUGAUAGCGCUGAUUCCACUCGAUCUGCUGCAGUUAAAGAUGGGCACACAUCCGCUUUUGCGUUUUACGCGCUUUUUUAAAGUAUAUCGAUCUGUGAGAUUUUAUUACAUCGUAGAGAGUAGAACAGUUUGGCCAAAUUUAUGGCGUGUUGUUAAUCUAAUUCAUAUCCUGUUAAUAUUGGCCCAUUGGUUCGGUUGUUUCUAUUUUUUACUCUCCGAGGCGGAAGGCUUUCAGGGCGAUUGGGUGUAUCCCUAUAGACCGGGUGAUUAUGCUACAUUGACACGCAAAUAUCUUGGCAGCUUAUACUGGUCAACGUUAACACUGACAACGAUCGGUGAUCUGCCGACGCCGGAGACGAAUGCAGAACCGAACUUUUCGGUGGACGGCCCCAGAUCAAUACCAAGGCGUGGCAUCAAAUCGCGACUGCUACAAUUUGGGUCUAGCUAUGGGUAUAUUUUCACGAUAGUCAGCUAUUUGAUCGGUGUUUUUAUCUUUGCGACAAUUGUGGGCCAAGUGGGCAAUGUGAUAACCAAUCGUAACGCCAAUCGACUUGAAUUCGAGCGUUUGUUGGAUGGCGCCAAGACCUACAUGAGGCAUCACAAGGUGCCUGGUGGCAUGAAGCGGAGAGUGCUGCGCUGGUAUGACUACAGUUGGUCGAGGGGUCGCAUCCAGGGUGGCGGUGAUAUCAACACGGCUUUGGGCCUGCUGCCCGAUAAACUGAAAACCGAAUUGGCCUUACAUGUUAACCUAAGCGUACUGAAAAAGGUGACCAUAUUCCAAGAGUGCCAGCCGGAGUUUCUGCACGAUCUGGUGCUGAAAAUGAAGGCAUACAUCUUUACGCCAGGCGACUCCAUAUGCCGCAAGGGCGAAGUGGCCCGCGAGAUGUUCAUCAUUGCUGAUGGCAUUCUGGAGGUGCUCAGCGAGACGGGCAAGGUGCUGACCACAAUGAAGGCUGGCGAUUUCUUCGGUGAGAUCGGCAUACUGAAUCUGGAUGGUCUCAACAAACGUACUGCGGAUGUGCGCUCUGUGGGAUAUUCUGAGCUGUUCUCGUUGUCGCGCGAGGAUGUCCUCGCCGCCAUGAAGGACUAUCCCGAUGCACAGGAGAUUCUGCAGACGCUCGGUCGCAAACGCCUCAUGGAGGUGCGUUGUGUGAAUAAGAAAUAUGCCAAGGCGCAAAGCGACAAAGAGAACGCUGCUUUUGCGGCAGCGCAUCCACAUCAUCAACACCAACAUCAGCACCAGCAUCACCAUCAGGUGCAUCAGAGUGAUAGCAGCGAGAACAGUGCCUCCAAAAAGAUUGUGGACAAACUGAAACACGACGUCAAAGGCUUUCGCAACGUGCUCAAAAAGUCCAGAACCUCUCGUAAAAGUGACGAGUCAAUGGAAAUGCAGCCACUGCAUAAUACCUCACCUCGUGGCAGCAAGAUCAUGCUGAAGCGCAUGUCGCGAGUGCGGUCAGAUGAAAAGGAUGCGGACAGCGCUGAAGCCAAGGAUGAGCUGCACGACAAGACGCCCAGUCCAAUUGGGGCUGGAUUGCCGCUGUUGCAACGCCUGCGUCUACUUAAGGAGAAGCAGGAAUCGAUACAGGAAGAGCCCGAACGCGAGUUCAACGAAGGCUUUCCCCUGAUCCAGAGAUUGCAACAGUUGAAAAUAAAAAACGAGCCCCAAUCGAACGCCUCUAGCGAAUCCUCUAGCGUCGCCAUGGCCAACACACCAUCUAACAUCAGCAGCAAAGUGGAUGCCGGCACAUCUGCACUCGCAUUGGGAGUUGCAACCGCAACAGGAAGUGGAGUUGGGACAGUUGCAACAGCGCCAACUGCGAGUGGCGCACAAACGUUGAGCGUGGCACCAAUCAAGCCCAUCAUGAAGGUCUCCUUCAAGCAGAAAAUUCAGCAGCUGCAGGGCAUUGCACCAGCCUCUGGUUCAGCCUCAACCUCAACGGCGACGGGAACGGGAACGAGCGUCAGCACGGGCGCCAUUGCCAAGAAGGAGCCGCCCAAGUCGCUGGCGGUGAUUGCCAAGCAUGCGACAACAUUAGGAUCGGAGGCAACAGCGAGUGGUGCGGUAGCAACGGUGCCUGGCGGACUGCCGCUGGCCAAGAAGCUGGUGCAGCACAAGCUGAGCACACCGACAAUGCAAUCGGACACGGACACCGAUGGCACACCCAUCAAACCCUGGUCCAAGCUGAAACUGGCGACGCUCAUGUCGUCUAGCUACACCAGUCUGACCAAUUGCCAAUCGCCCGAUGGCGAGCUGGAGACGCCGCUGAAGAACUACUCGCUGAGCAACAUCCCCCAGCACAUGAUGGACGCGGGCGGAUCUCGCGCUGUCCGGCAUCACAGUGCGCGCAGCUCACGUUCGCCCCGACAUCACGGGCAUCAUCAUGGGCACGGGCACGGGCAUCAGCAUCAAUAUCAUGGUCGCGGCUCUAGUUCGAGCACCUGCUCGUCCAGUACGCGCAGCACGUUGAGCACAACGCGCGAGUGCCUGCGACUGCAGAAGCCGGAACAGAAGUUGCCCGAGGGGGGCGAUGUGGCCGAGUCGCAGGGUCGCAAGUUCUACUCGAGUGUGUUUGAUCUGUCGCCGGAAUAUUGCGGACUGCCGUUUGUGAAGCGCCUGAAGAUCCUCAAUGAGCGACAGAAGCUGGCCGAGCUGGAGAAGGCAUUGCAGACGCGCAGCUUUAGUCUCGACUGCUCGAAGUCGACGAGCAACAACAACGAAGUGCCCAUCAGCGAAUCGCUGUAUCGCUGCUACAGCGACACCUCUGGCAUCUAUUCGCAGUUCCUUAGCACUUAUGAAUCGACGACGAGUUCCGCAUCGAUAUCGACGAACACAUCCGCCUCCGCAUCAGCAUCCGCAUCCGCAUCGGCGUCAGCAUCGCAAUCGGACAGCAAUUGCCAAAGGCAGCAGCAGCAGCAGCAGCACGCAACGCAGUUGCAACAGCAAUUGGAGUACAUGCCACUGAGUCCAGAAUCGAAUGAGACCGUCGAGAGGCGCAAACUGAAGAGCAUACUCAAGAAACUGCAGAAGGGAGUGGGUGGUGGAGGUAGCGAGGGUAACGGCGAUGGCAAUGCCGAUGCUGCUAGCCAAGAUGAAACCGUGAUGAUGCGGCGGGGCCUGCUCACGGAGCCGACCUUGGAAGGCCCGCCCGCCAGUGCCAAAGAGGAAGCUCAGUUCGCUGCCCUCGGCUCUGUCGCCGGCGGCAACCAACAGCAACAACAUACGAACACGAACCUCGCCCCCAUCAACAGCAAUAGCAAUAGCAUCAGCAAUGGCAAUAAGAAAUUCGCGAUCGCGAUCGCGCACGGCAAAGGCAACGGUAACGGCAACGGUAAUGGCAACGGUAACGGUAAAGAUAUGGCAACGACGCCAGAGGGCGCCGCAUGUCACGCUGCAGCAUGGUCGCCGACGUUGGCAUUGGUAACGCCAACGAAUUCGCCGCAAGAGAGUUUCGCCUUUGAGCCACAACAAUUGGGCGGCGUUAUCGCUGGCGUUGGCAGCGUCUCAACGUCCUCGUCAUCAGCGUCGGUUUCCGCUGCCGCGUCCGCGUCGACAACGGGCUUAGCCACGACUUCCGCAUCCGCUGCCGCAUCGGCUUUGGCCUCCGCAUCCGCUUCCGCAACCGCCUCCGCAUCGUAUGUGGUCGAGUGUUCGUCGAUGUCAUCGUCGAAUAAGAUACUCUCACAGAACACCGAAUUUCAUGCACAAUCCACAACAUCCACAGAUUUGAAUUUGAAUUUGCAGCUCCGGCAGAACACGACGAGUGCACUGAGUCAAGGCCCCAAGCUGGAAGGAUUUCCAGAGCCGCAGGAUUACUUCAAUCAGAUCUUGAGCGGUAUCAAUCAGGUGAUCAAGACGCACAUGAACGAAAUGCACUCCAAAUUCGAGACGCAAUUCUCCAGCAUGGCCGGAGAGGUGCGUCGCCGUGAUGCAAUCAUUGCCCAGCUGCAGCUCAAACUGCGCACCAUCGAGCAGAAGUCAACGCUGACGGCGAGCACAGCGGCGUCUGAAGCGCGAGAGAAGCUCUCACAGAUCUCCGUGGACGAUGAUGAGCCGGGCGAGCAGGACAACAGCAGCUCCGGCAGCUCGGCGGAGCUGCUCUUUAUGCGUGGUGACUCGCUGGACACGGUGUUCACCUCUUCGCCACCCAUUCAGGGCGGCAGACGGAGCAUAUCGCCCGGUCCCAGCAGGCAUCAUGCCGCAUCCGCCAAUGCUUUGAACUGUCCCAGCAGCUACUACAGCGGACCCGGCACGCUGGCCCUCUCCACGCGCCACGCACAGAGCCAUCCCAGCUUCUAUGCCGCCCAUGGCAAUGGACGCUACAGCAGUCGCGGUGGCUAUCGCGAUUGGGAUGACCGAAUGCUGGCCAGCAGCAGCAGCAGCUCCUCGGCUGCAGUUGCAACUGGCAGCGGAGUCCUGCCCAGCGAUGUGGUUGGCGGCAGCGGCAUGAUGGUGUCCGAUGUGACGGGCAAUUUGACCAGAUUAUCGGACAGCGUUAUACUCGACAUUGGCGAGAGCUCCAGCUCCAGUUCGUCGUCCAGCAAAAUGAACAUUGCCGGCGAUGAUGAUGACGACGACGAGGCCGAGGAUGAGCUCAGCAGCGCCGCCUUGGUUACGUCGGCCAGCAGCAGCGGCGUCGGUGGCGGCGGUGGCGGGGGCGCUGCCAACGAUUGGGAGGUGCAAAUGCUGGCCGCCGAAAUGGAGCGACAGGAGCGCAAACGUGGCCAUUCGCUCUCCGACAAUCUCGGCGAGCUGCGGCACUGCAGCACAUUCCUGCGACGCCGACGCAAGUUCAGCGACACCGAGACCGAGUACAGCGAAACGGAGGCGGACGAGCGUCUAUCGAGUCACUCAGCUGGCGGAGCAUCUGGAGCUGGAGGCAGCACCAGCAUUGCGGCUGAUGUGACCGAUGUGCCCGGUGGCCUGCAGCUGCAACAGAGCGGCAACAGUCGACCGCGUGCCUCGAGCUUGGAUCAGUUCAAUUUACGCUAUGGCAUCGGGCGAGGCAUCUUUAAAGCAAUGAGCAUCGAUCGUGAUAAAGACAAGCUUUGAGAACUAUAAUCUCAGCACAACUAGCCCAAAACACAGCAACAACAACAGCAACAGCAACCACAGAAACAAUAACUGAAAUGGACAAGGACUAACACGCACACAGUUACACUUCCACACACAUACAGUCACACUUCGUUAUACUGCAGAGAUGGCAUAUAGAUGUAUAUCUAUAUACAUAUAUCUACAUAUAUUCUAUACAUGUUUAGCCCCUGAAAAUCCCACAAACUCAAAUCGAAAACGAAGCAAAUUCCACAACAAAUAGAAAAUAGCAAAAGAAACAAAAAACCAAAAAAAUAUUAUAUGAGAAACAUAAAUAAGAAUUUAAGAAACGUGAGCAAGAAAUUGAAAUUAAGUAGUUUUUAAAGACAACAAAGCCACAACAAUGCAAUCCACCUUUUAUUCCAAUAUUUCUAUUCACUUUGAUCUCUAAAUCAAUUUCAGAUUGCAUACUAGAUUAAAACAUAUGCCAAGUUUUCCUCAACUCUUGAAUAUGUUUUGUGCAUUGAAUUGAUUAUUAUUUAUUUAUUUACAAUUUACCUUUUAAUUUAUUACUGUUGAUCUUCAAAUUUAAUUUAAAUAAAUAUAUUAUUUAUGCUUUAUUUUUAUAUUCGAAUAGUUAAUAGUUAAUAACGUGAUAUUGACAGCGAGUUGAUGUUAUCGUUUUCAUUGUUAUCGUUAUCGUUAUGAUUAUUGUUGCUGUUGAAUCUAGCGUUACCGUUGCCAGAGUCCAUCAAUUGGUCCAUUUACCAACACUGGCAGCGCCUUCAAAUUGCACAAAUUAGCUUUACAUUUGAUAUUCGAUCUACACGACUCGAAAUUCAUUUGGAUAUGUAUGUGAGUGAGUGAGUGAAUGAGUGAGUGUAUGAAUGAAUGAGUUGUUUGAUUGUGUGAAUGCGUUGAAAGUACCCACAUUAUACCGUCCUAUAUAUAGCGUCCAUGCCAUUGGCGCACAUUAAUUGUUUUGAUUUUAACAUAGUAUUUGCGUGUGAUGUGAGAUUCGAGAUGUCUGUGUGUGUGUGAAGAGUCCUGUCGCUGUUGCCAUUACGCUUUUCUUUUGCUUCAUUCUUGGAAUAUGGUGGAUAUGCUCUUGAUAAAGAAAUGCAAGAAAAACAAAACCCAACAAAAGAAAACAAAUUAAAAUGUAUAUACCUCUUAUCCUUAGAGAUUAUUAAGUACGUAGUUAUAUAUACACAUACACACAUACACACACACACACAGAUAUACAUAUAUAUGUGUAUGCAUAAGUAUAUACAUAUAGUAUAUGUAAUGAUAUGAUAUGAAAUAGUGUAAUGAAAACCGAAAGCUUUAAUAACUUAUAUAGAGAACUAUUUAAGAAACGUUUUAAAUACUAAUCAACCGAACAAACAACAACAACAACAACUAAGAACAAAAUAGAAAAGGAAUCUAAAUGAAAUCUUUAAUGAAGAUACGAUCCACAUCGACAUACGGACAGACAGACAGACGGACGGACAGACGAACAGACUAAUGAACAACUACAAUUAUACAACUUCAUACUGUAAUAGAGCCUUUUACCAACAAUGAAUUGAAUCAAUUUUAUGAGCAAAGCAUAUACACAUACAUACAUAGAAUCUUACAUACUUACAUACAUAUAUGCAUUCUGUUGAGAUUUAUUAGUUCUAUCUAUAGCGUUAGUCAACCUAUUUAAAACUUAGCAAUCUUAGCCUAGAGAAUCCAAAGGAAUAGAGCAAUGCGUUAAAAUGCCCAGAAAAAAACAACUUUAUACUACUAUCGUAUACACACGCACAUACAUACAUACAUACAUACAUACAUACUCGUAACGUAUACUACUAUAUAGAUACAUAUAUACGAUAUAUAUCGUAGUAUUCAUUCAUGCUAUGCAUCACGCAUCAUUCUAGUCUAGCAAUCCAAUUGGCAGUUCUCGACUUGUAAAAUUCCUCAUUACAUAUACUAUGUAUGUAAGCUAGUCCAUUUAAUAAAGACCUCCUCCUAAGUAAUAGCUAUUCAGUUAGUUGCAUAAGUCUCGCCGCAGUACAACUAAACAUACUAUACUAUAUGCGUUCUAUACAUAGCUUUUGCAUAACGCCAGAGAAUUUCGUUAGACCCACAAAGGCUUUUCAAAGGUCUCUGUAGCUUAAUCUUUAGCAAAAUGCAAUCGGUUACCAAAGGAAAACACACACACACAUACAACCACACCAAGCAAAGCAACAACAACAACAACAACUAACAAAAAGCUUACCAACAAAAUCGAAUGUUUCAUCUAUAAGCUAAGCGCUCUUUAAAAUGUAAUUCUUAAGCAAAUGAAAAACAAAAUUAAACCAAAAAAAAAAAAAAAAACGAAAUUUUGAAAACAAAUUAAUAUAUUGUGUUAUGAAACUGUUUUUAAAGUAAAGAUUUUACCAAGAAACACUUGUUGCUACAAUUAAGCGAACGAAGAUGAACAAACAACACUACAUUUUGCAUUAUACAACACUGCAAGCACACUUCUUGAACACACACACACACUGUUAGAGACGAAUGUUGAUCUAUUUUCCUCUCGACCCACUCUGCUCUUGGAAUUUCCCGGAAUCUAACGUGUAGAUCGAAGACAACGGCCACGCCUACACGCCUACGACCAUGCCCACAAUUUUGCCAACUAUAGAGAGUUUCGUAGCAAAACGUUAAACUGUACUUACUCAAUGCAAGAGCUACCGUAGAGCAAAAACUAUCGUUAACUAUCGCAUAGUGUGUUCCCGUAGUUAGCGCACGAGUCGAGACUCUAUUCAGAUACUAUAUAUACGCUAUAUACGCAAGAUAUGUUCUAUACACACACUACUUAACAAUAUCUACUAUAACUAACUAAACUAACUAACUAACUAACUAACUUACAACUAAACUAAACUAAACUAAAAACGAAAGUAAACGAAGGAAAACAAAACUAUCUGAAAGUAGCCGGCGAUUGAGUUCUGCGCCGUUUGCAUUGUACAAAAGCACCACACGAUAACCGAUAACGAUAGACGACGUUAUCGAUAAUUACAAAUUCAAUGGAACAAUUUCAAUGGGUUCAAUAAAUGGGUCACAGCCAGCUAAGCAGUCCAACUAAAUUUAAUAAGCGAACCAACCAACAACUAACAAAAACCAAAAAACAAAACAAGAAACAAACAAACAAAAAACGAAAACACCACAAGCACAACUUAUUGCAAA